AUGCAAAAGGAACAUGGUUUCUUCAUUGUUGCACUCAUGGAGCCAUUUCAAAAGAAGAAAUUUAUCUACAAUUAUAGAAGAAGGCUAGGAAUGGAUGCUGCAGUUUCUAAUGUGAAUGGAAAGAUCUGGCUGAUUUUUUAUGCUGUUGUGGAAUGGGACUUGUUGAUUGACACUGAGCAACAAAUGACAAUCAGAGUUUAUCAUCAAGAUCUAGGUAAGCAUAUUAUGAUGACUAUUGUAUAUGCUAAGUGUUGUGCUUUGGAAAGGCUAGAACUCUGGGAUAAUCUUUAUUAUUUAGCUAGUGAUAUGGAACUACCCUGGCUAGUUGGGGGUGAUUUCAAUGUUGUUAUGAAUGAGGACGAAAAGAUAGGUGGUUUGCCUGUAUAUCCUCCAGAAUAUGAAGAUUUUGCUUUUUGUGUGAACUCUUGUAGCCUGUUUGAUUUAGGUUAUAAGGAGGUGGAGCAUCUCAUUAGAACAGGUUCAGAUCAUGCUCCAGUAUAUAUGAACUGUGGGGAGGAAGCAAUGAAAUUUAUUAAGCCCUUCAAGUUCCUGAACUUUUGGACAAAACAUGAGACAUUCAAGGAUGUGGUGAAGCAGAACUGGAUUGCUGAUUUCAUAGGGGAUCCAUUCUUGAUGUUUAAGCAGAAAUUAAAAAGGGUUAAGAUUGCUUUAUCUAAAUGGAGCAGACUAGCCUAUGGGGAUAUUUUCAAGAAGUUGGCCAUUAGGGAGGAUGUGGUGAGGAUCAAGGAAAUGUUGUUUGAAGAAGAUCCAUCUGUGGAGAAUAGGAUAGAACUUCAGCAAGCUCAGGCUGAACUAAAGAAGUGCUUAAGCAUAGAAGAGCAAUGCUGGAAACAAAAGGCUGGUAUGAACUGGUUUGAAGAAGGAGACAGAAACACUAGGUUCUUUCACAACCAUGUCAAUGGCAAGAGGCAAAAGCUACAACUGAAAAGAAUCCAGAAUAAUGAUGGGGUAUGGAUUGAAUAA